AUUAUACCUGGCGCGUUUUUUAACUGGUAACUGACGAACCGGAGUUGAGAAUUUUCUGGUUUGUUCAUCUUGAGCCGUCGCCUGGCACAUAGUGGUCUCUUCACUUCAGAAGUAUUUGGUUUCGAAAUAACAAUACAGUAAAUCGGUUUAUUUCUCAAUGGUUGGCGACUGUGGGACUUCCAUCUCAUCAAUUAUUUUACUCCGUGUUUUGUGGGGACAUAAUGAUUCUCUUACUUUUGGGACUUUUAAGUUAAGUAAACAACUUAUGCAUUCUUUUGUAUGAGGAGCAAAAAGAGCCGUCAUAAAUUAGCCGCUCUCAACUUUCUAUCCAAUAUUUCUCUUGAUGGGAGACAUGAACAUAAACCUAAUGGAAUUGGUUAUCACUCUUCUGUCCCCUACAUUUUCAGUGCUGGACAAAAUGGCACAAAGACUUCUCCAGUUAACCCUUCUUAUGAGCAGCAAGUUAAUGAUACAUUUCAUGAAAUAUCUGAAGAAUCAGUACCAACCAAGUUUUCGGGAGUACCUGAAAACAUCUUAAGUUCGGUGACAUGUGCCCAGAAUUAUGCUUUAUGCAAUAGUUUCGUGGACACGCAUCUACAAAGCAAUAGCUCUCAAACAUUUUCUAAGGUUUCUAUUUCAAAUGUUUCCUCUUUAUAUGUUACAGAUGUGCAACUGGGUAGUGAAAAACAAGAAAACUUCAUCGAUAAAUCAUCUUCGAACAAACUGUCAGUCACUACUGAUUCAUCUAAUCGAAUCACUGAAUUGCAACCUAAGACUAAUUUUAAAAUUAAACUAUCUCAUGAAUCUGGUAAUAUCAGUUUGGAAGACAUAAAAGGACUGUGUAAAAUGAAUCCGAAAUCAAUGCAAACUAAUGCGUUAUCCAUAAUUUCCAAACGAAUGGCAUUAAGCCCCCUAGGUGCUAGUGGGAAACCAGUUACUUUGUUUUCAGUUUUACCAUAUCAUCGCAAAACAACAGGAUCUCACUUCAGAGUUGGACGUCGUCAUAUCCUUCCUCCCAGUUCCCACAAACUUUCUUCAGGUGUGCAACAGUUUCAGUCUCCCGCAAGUUCAGCCCGCCUACCACAGACUUCUAUAUCCACCGGUGUUACACAUGUUAAAGAUAUUAACCCUCAAUCCAAUUUUGUUCAUAAUGUGUUAAGUCUUAGCUCGUUUCGACCUGUUAAUGGUGAGACUAUUUCAUAUGCUCAUUUCAUUCAACCAAAUUGCCAAUUGCCAAAGAAUACUGUAAAAGUUGGGCAUCCAAUCGAUAUUCUACUAAAUUCAGGGUUCAGAUCGAAUUGUGAUUCGUUUACUCAUUUUCACGAAGCUUCUGCUAUACCUAACUCGAAUUAUUCUCGACGUAGCUUCUUGAGUAAUUCUACAGUAAUCCCUUCGUCUAAUACACAUUGGCAUCAUUCUACGACGUCAUUUAAUAGACAACGCAAUCCUAGUUCAAGCAGUACAAAUUGUAACGUUUUUGGUAAUAAUUUAUCCUUAUUGUCAUCUAUAGCUUUAGGUUAUCCAGAUCCAUUGAUAAGUUAUAACCCAUUUCUUUUGGAUGAUCCGGAAUUAUUAGUUUCAACAGGGAAACGUGUAUUAAAACUUCCGAACUAUUUGACUAGUGUUUUGGGAUAUAUUCGACCGAAUGAACGUAAGCGUGAAGUCAAUCGACAAUUCCAUGAAAGAUUUCCAUCAAUACAAAUAACAUUAACGAAAUUGCGUAGCAUAAAAUUAGUAUUGGUACAAAUUGCUCAACGCUUGUCUAUGGACCUAUGGAUUGUUGCACAUGCUCAUGUGCUUUUCGAAAAAUUAGUACUCAAGUUGUUUUUAACAAAAUUGAAUAGAAGAUUAUGUGCUUCAGCUUCACUCUUGAUCAGUGCGAAACUGAAUGAUGUAAAAGGUUCACAAUUAUUUGGUUUACUUCAAGAAUUGGAGACAGCUUUUCGUAUCUCACGUCGUGAUUUAAUCAACACAGAAUUAGAUGUUGCAUUAGGUUUAGAGUUUUCUCUUAUUCCAUCUGAAUAUGAAAUUCUACCACAUUAUCAAAGGUUAUAUAAAAGUUUGAAUUUAACUUUACCAUUUCUACCGGUUGUGCUAACAACAAAUAGUACUAUUGGUGUUAAUUCGUGUGUUGUUACAUCGAGUAAUAUAAAUAGUAAUAUUCAUGAUAGUGAUAAUAAUAAUGUUAAUAAUAACAAUGUUAUUUGUACAGUGAAUGCCGAAAAUCAACCAUGUCUUGUAUUUACUGCUUCAUCAAAUAUUUGCAGCACAUAAAUGAACCAUUCAGUUACAAAUAUAUCACCUAGCCAAUGUAAUCGUAUUGAAAUAUGAGUAUCUUACUAUCCUCAUGGUUGUUGUUCUUGAAAUAACCCUCGAUUUUGGUAGACCUGUAUAUUUUGUGGACUAGAUUUAUCGAUCUCAUAUCUAGUGCGGCUCACUUUUCGCUGUCUUUUAGUGUUUAUUCUUUUAUUACUAUUAUGCCACAUUUUUUUAAUUGUUUUCACUACUUAUUUAUACUGUAAUGGUGAUUAUCCAUUCUGGUCUAUCAAAUUCCUUCCUAGUUCCUUACUGGUUUUUUGUUUAUCGCUGAUACUUUUAUAUCUGAGUGAAUAUAAAUGAUUGGUUUGACUAUAUCGGCUUAAGUGUGUUUUUGUUCUUUAUUUCACAUUACUCUUGUUAAUACUUAUUACUCCUGUUUUGUGAAUAUUUCAACGUAUUCAUUAGGAUGUGCAAGGUUACUACUAACUACAUUUGUGUUUUUUUGACAGUGUUCAUCUCAUGUACUUACAUACAAUUUGUUUCCUAUCGAAUAAAAAUAAUGAAUUAUUGAUGUAAUUACUCGUAAGUUGUAUACAUAAUCCAUAAUCUGUUAUUACAUGCUACAUAACAUAUUGGUGAAUAAGUCUUUCCAAUCGGACUGUGUAUUGUGAUCGUGUUAUGUAUCAACUACCUUAGUAAUAAAGAGUUCGUCU